AUGUCUACAUGGCCAGGCUACCAAAUGGUGACCUUGGCUGCAACGCCAGCCUCGGGGAAGAUGUUUUCAAUGCGCCCGACAGCGAUGCCAGCCAAGACAGCGACUCGAGUUCGCCCUGUGAAGUGGGAGACUUCGGUUGCUGCUUCCGCGUGGCUGUCGGAACAGAGGAUGUCUCUGAGAAAAAUGCUUCGCUCCCUGCGGAGACCGCCCUGGUGGAUUUCACUCACAUCCUGGUCUAUGCUAGGCCGGAGCACGGGUUCAGAGACGUCAAUUGUUCUUCCACUUGAAGGCUAUGGUGGCUGGGAGGCUGCAUAUAGGCCUCAUAUUUGUUAUGAUAUCGUUUGCUGUUUGCCACCUCCCCUCUGCAGCAACUUGCGCUAA